UUGGUCGUGAGGGUACUGAAUAAGGAAGUAAGGAAUACUACAAAAUCAUGUGAUCUAGAAGCAAGGCGUGAAACUAAAAUAAUGUUAUCUACUUGCUGCCUUUUAUGACUGUGUCCCUACGAUCUGUUACAAAAAGUCGAAAGGGCUUAAUUUCCACAGGUAUGACCCCUUUGUGCUCCUGGCAAAAAGCGUCCAAAAUACGAAGUACAGUUUCACUUUCGUUACUUGGAUAUGGAGCAUAAGACACAUUAUACUACAUACAUGUGGUCACAUUUCCAACGCAAGCUAGAAACAGUCUAGAAGCUUUCACGAGUAACGAUGUUUUAAUCGUCUCGUCGUGACGAGAAAAAGUAUUUCAGUGGUUGCAGACACACCAUCAGCAUUAUCCAACAGACUGCACAAAUGAAGUACUGGUCGGUGUUAUUCCGAAUGUAUGAGUAUCUCAAAACAGUAUGGUGAUUUUAUAUAUUUAAUGUGUUGAAAUGUAUUGCUGACAAAGGCAGAUCUUCUUUCAUUACACUGUUCUUCCAACGACGUGAACCCUUCCUUUCACAAACCACACUUGGCUAACUUCCCCAUUCCUGUCGCGCACAUUAUUCUGAGCUGCUGACAAUACACUGACCAUUUAGUUGUGCUAAGUAUUAAUUUUACACUAUUUUUUAUACUAUUUUUAGUAUAUUUCAUACUAUGACAACUAUUUUAUUCGCCGAUUACACAUUGCCAGUUUGGCAAGCUGCAGAUGAGUAACCAGCAUCUGGCAUUUGCGUGUCAUUCCGCCUGAAGGGAACGCUAGUCAGUACAUCAAUACUGGUCAGUGGAAGAAAAGGAAUUAAACCCUUUGGUUCAACUGUACUUCUUUUGGCAUAACACAAUAUAAUUUGCACAAACUCAGUUUUGCAGCAGCUAUUGUGACAGAAUUCUGAAACGGAGUGGCUGAUUAAACAGAAUCGUCAGCAAUGGAAGCAGUUAAGGACGUCACGGAGAUGGUGGCCGUGGACCUGGGUGCCCUCCUGGACGCCGGGGACGACGCCAUGGUGACGCUCGUGGCUGGCGACACGCGGCUGGUGGUGCACAGGGCCGUCCUGGUCGACAGGAGCCCCGUGUUCGCCGCCAUGUUCACCCACGACACCCUCGAGUCGAGCACUGGCGUGGUGAGCAUUGCCGACGUGGGGGGCCCCGUGCUGAGGCAGCUGGUCUCCUACCUGUACACCCUGCGGGCCCCGCAGCUGCCCGCGAUGGCCACCCAGCUGCUGGCCGCAGCGGACAAGUACGGCGUGUCAGGGCUGAAGGCGGAGUGCGAGCGGCAGGUGGCCGCCCAGCUGACCGUGGAGACCGCGGCGGCCGCAGCCGCCCUCGCAGUCCGACACUCCUGCAGCGACCUCAGGCGGGCCGCCAUCGAAUUUAUGAAGACACGAACCCGUGAGGUGAUGGCCACUCAGGGGUGGGCGGAUGCCAUGUUGAAGCAGCCACAAGACUUGAUCGAAGUGAGCCCGCUGCUGUAUGAUCCACCACCAAAAAUCAGGAGGCUCUCUGCAAAGGAGAGAUGCAGCAGGCUGAUCCAGGUGGCCGAGCAGGGGGCAGUGGGGGAGCUGAGGGCGCUGCUCGCCGAGGGGGCCGACGUGGAGGCGAGGGGCGGGGUGUGGGGGUGGACUGCCCUGCACUGUGCAGCACACAGGGGAGACGUCGAGGUGGCAUGGCUGCUGGUGGAGGCGGGAGCGGCGGUGGACGCCAGAGACAGCUGGUGGCAGAGGACGCCUCUGCACGUGGCUGCAAUGUGGGGCGGCACUGCUGUGGCGAGACUGCUUCUGAGGGCGACUGCCGAUCCCAACGCCAGGGAUGGCAGAGGGUGGACGCCGCUGCACUGGGCGGCAGCCAAUGGCCACGCAGAAGUUGCGGCUGUGCUGCUCGAGGCGGGAGCUGACAAGGGGGCCACAGCUAGUGAUGGUCGGACAGCACUGGACCUCGCAAGUGAUGAAAACGAGAGGAGGCUGAUGGAGCUGCUGUCAUGAGGCAGCCACUCCAACGGACUCUCUGCAAAAAACAGAACUGAAACAACUUCUCCAGAAAUAAUUAGCAUUCUUCUUCAAUAAACAAUUCAAAAAUUCAA